UUGGCUGUGUUGGAGCUGCUGUCGAGUCCCGAGCUACGGUAUUUUAUUUUCUUCUUCUGUUAAGUCAAACUUGUCACACGUGUGCAGGUAAGCGCAGAGCCCUAUGUGUGAACUGAAUUAGGCUCAGAUGGUUGGGCGUUUAGAAUUAGUAUGGGGGAAUCGAGUUCCAAGUCAGUAACUAGUGUAAAUUCAAAUCAGACGGCCUCUGUAAGCAAGAGUUCCAAACCGGAGGUAGCUCUGUCAAACACAGUAAGAAUUUUAUUAACAAAAGAUCAGGAAAAUUCUUUCCAGACUUCAUCACCUUCCAAGUUACCCAGCCUGGUUCUACAAAAUUCCUUGCCAAAUGUUCAAGUGAAAUCUAAUUCAAACAUAUAUGGCAAGGACCAAAAAGUUAAAUUGACAUUACAAGAUUACAGAAAACAAGUUGGCCUUAAAGUGAUCAAUCAGAAACCAAAUCAGAAACUAGGGAUAACAGCUAAAUCGGAAUCACAUAUAGAGGGGAAAAAUGAACAAUUGGUACCUCUAGAUAGUGCUGUGUGUCCCUAUUGUGGAUUCUCCGUAUCAUCUACUACUAAAUGCAUAAGAUGCAUGAGAUCCUUUGAAAAGGAAAAAAAAAACCUCUCCCAAGGCCUUGAAUCAUUGCCUGGGAACGAUUUACCAGAAACCUUGCAGAUGUCCAAAGAUCCCUCAUAUGGGAAUAGGCGUCCACGUGUUCAAAAGGCUCAAUCUACUCGGCAGACUAGAACAAAGUUUGAGGAGCCACAAUGUGUGACACUGAGUAGUGAUGAAGAGGAUUCCUUUCAGGAAACCAAAAAACCUAAAUGUGAUUAUAGUGGAGGAAUCCUUCAGCAGUCAACUGCUAGCACUGCCAUUGAGGUUCAAGUACAGGCAAACAUUUUAAAUGAGACCAGCGUGUUACCUGGUGAUACAGAAGAGGAAAAGGGACCAAGUGAUUUGCUUCGCUGGAAGGAUGGUGGGUUAAGUGGGGCCUUCUUUGCUGUAAACUGUCGUUCGGUUCGCAUUGGAUCUUAUAAAUUUGCACCUGCAGAACGCGUGCUGUUCUCGUCGGAGGGAAUCAUGCUGGAAGCACCGGUUUUUUACGCCAAUGACCAGCCAUCUCAAAACGAUAGUAUGUGGAUAGACGUCGCUAUCCCAUCUCAGCAGUUGUUACGAAUGGAAGCGAAUUUCAAUCGAAAACUUCCGGUUAUCUUCCUAUAUGUUACGCCAACCUUGUGCCGUCGUGUUUCGUCUGGUUUACGCCUGGAUAAAAGUGGCCCCUAUUGGGACCCUCUUAGUGAAGACGAAAGCCAGAAGCGGCUUACGUUGCUGCCUUGCAAUUUGGACGAUUCAGCUAUGAACGCAAUAAAGCAAGCUUUCGUUCCUAGAGGUGUUUUUAGUGAAAUAAGUUCUUGCGAGGCCAAUAGACUCUUGGUUAUCUCUUCACCCCCGGAGGUUCGAGAUGCAUUGCAACGUCUUCCCUCGGGAACUGCUGUUUCAGCCGAGGCAACUAGAGCUUCUACGUCUUCAAAACAAGACGUUAAAGCCCUUGAAGCAAGUGAUAACAAAAGCGAAAUGCGAAUAACUAGAGGGACAACCAAAUCGCUUCCCCAAAACUGUUUACCAGUAAUCCAAAUGUUUUCAUGGUCAGAUGGACCAGAUCGUUUCUCUGUCACCACUGAAGACUAUACUUGUCUGAAUCAAGACAAUCUUCUAAAUGACAGUAUCAUCGAUUUCUAUGUCAAAUACGUCUUCAGCACUAAAUUAGAUGAUAGUUUGAAAGGCAGAUGUCAUGUGUUUUCAUCGUUUUUCUACCAACGACUUACUACUCCCCCAGCCAGAAUGAGUGGAAGAAAACAUUCAGUUGAAGAUGAUUCUUCGCUUUCGUCAAUGGAAAAACGUCAUUUGAGAGUUAAAUCCUGGACGAAAAAAGUGGACAUAUUCGAAAAGGAUUAUCUCGUGAUACCUAUUAACGAACGCAAUCAUUGGUUUUUGGCUAUUGUGUGUUUUCCCGGGUUAUCGGGGCCAAUAUCUGUGAAAGACAACAAACCCGUAAAGCUCCCAUUCGAAAGAGUCGCUAAGAAAACGCCCGAUGGACAAUCAAAACGUGUGACGUUGAAUGGAGAAUCAUUUCACAUAGGAAACACAACCAUUACGCCACUUAGCUCCAACUCAAAGACGGCAGAAAGUGCCCAAGUUACGCUUAGCGUUAACUCAGAGAGAGAUGAAGCUGAAAGCGACGAUGAAGACAUAUUAUUCCCUCAGGACAGCAACCCUGUUGAAAAUUGUAUGAAGAUUACUGAACCCAUCAAACAGCCUUGUAUCUUAUUUUUCGACUCGUUAGCUGGAAGCACCCAUAAUCGAGUGGCGACCAUCCUACGCGAAUACCUUACGGUAGAAUACCAAGUGAAGCGGGGGACUCCUGUUGAGAAUUCAAAAGCACGUGUAGACGCUUGUAAUCUUUUCUCCAAAAAGACGAUGAUAUCUGCAUGCCUUGACGUGCCUCAACAGAACAAUUCAUAUGACUGUGGCGUAUUUGUUCUUCAAUACGCAGAAUACUUUAUGCAAAAUCCAUUUUUGGAUUAUAACAUACGGAACAUUAAAUUAAGUAACUGGUUUCCGUCUUAUAUCGCCGGAAGAAAAAGAAAAAACAUCCAGUUUUUGCUGAUACGGCUUACCAAAGAAAUGAAUCCCACGGCUGAUUCGGUUCUCGAUUUAAUACCGAAAGAAGACGUGAAGAUUGCACUUCAGGAUCGCCAACACUCUCUUCCUGCCUUGAGUGCUACCAAUAACCACGGCAGUGAAAUUCAAAAAGCAGGUACCGUAGCUGAAGAGGCAAUGGAAGAAGACGGAAAGUCGAACGUGGCACCUCACAAUAAGAAUGCAGCUGAAAAGCGAGCCGAGUCUGAACUUGUUGGUGACCAAGAAAAAAAAAAAAGUGAAUUAUUACAUUCUGUUGGCCCUUUUUUACGUUAAUAUAAUUGUUGGAAGGUUUAA